AUGAUUUCCUUGAAUGAUUAAUUUAGGUCAAAGGACUAAAUAAUAAAUAAGUAAGGCAAAUUAUUUAUAACUAUCAUAGAGCUCUGUAGAAAGAAUUAUAAAUUGAAAAUUAUGAAUGGUAAAGUUCCAUUUCAGAAUACGAAUAUGUAUUUUGGAAUUCUGACAAUUAAGGAUUUAAAAAGAUCAAAUAUGAAGUCUAAUUAACAAAAGAGAAAGAAAUAAAAUACAUUUAACAUGGAUAGAUUCUUAGGAUGUCAGUUUAUUAUACAAAUAUAGUGAAUAAAUAAUAAAUUCAAUCUAAAAACCUGAAAUCUUGACUAACUUACAAUAGAUUAAAUAUCUUCAAUGGUCUGGAAAAUACGGGAAACAUUCUUUGAAAAUAGGUAGAUGGUCAGCUACUUGGAAAAAUAAAAUUAUUUUAGAAAGUGGUGGAUAUUACUCUGAAGAUGGAUAGAAGCAAGGUUUAUGGAAAGAUUUAAACAGGCAAUAUUGGAGGUAAGAUAUAGAUAUUAAUCGUCACGUAUAGCGAAGCCCAAAUCUAUGAGAUAGGACUAUAUAGUGAUAAUACAAGAAGGGGAAAAUGGAAAUAUAUCUACAAAAAUAAUGAAAUGUAUUAUAAAUUGAUUAGUUUUUAGAGGUGGAGGCUUCUAUGAUGAGAAGGGUUAAAAGAUUGGCAAAUGGAUAGAGUUGAGCGAAUGCUUUUGGAAGUAAAGAUUAUUAAAAUAUUCAUCAAUAGAUAAGGUUAUGUCCUUUAUUAUGGGGAAUACAAAAAUGGUAAAAGGUAUGGUAUAUGGAAUGCUUUGCAUAAGAGGAAUGGUUACAAACAAUUAAAAUUAAUGUAAUCAUGAAUUUCACUUAAAUCCAGUGGCUUAGGAUCAUAUGAUAUUAGUUAGGUGGACAAUCUGACAGUAGAUUCCUUUCAAGUUGGAAAAUGGAUUGAAUUGAAUAAUGGAUUUUGGGAGUAUUUUAUGUUGGUUGAUUACAAUUUCUAGUUUGGCUUAGGUUAUACAUAUUGGUACCUACAAAGAAGGCAAAAAAUGUGGUAGAUGGGAUAUAUUAUAAAGAAUUAGAAAUAAUACACCUUUUGAAAUAAUGUAAUGAUGCAAUGUUUCAACUCUCUUUAGGGGUGGAGGAACUUAUAAUGACACGUUAGAAGGCCAAGUUAUUUCAAGUUCAUUGAAGAAUGGAAAAUGGAUAGAGCUGAAUGAAGGAUUCUGGAGGUAUUGCAUAUUAUUUAGUCGACGAGGGAUAAUUAAAUAACUUACAAUGGAGAAUACCAUAAUGGAGUAAAAGUAGGAAAAUGGGAUAUUUAUUAUUAUAAUGAAGAUACUGAAAACAAUGAAUUGAUGUACUUCUCUACAAUAUUUUUAAAUUCAGAGGUGGUGGUUCUUAUAUUGAAAAAAUUAAUGAUUCAAAUAUCGCUAGUUCAGUUAAAAUAGGUAAUUGGAUUGAGUUGAUUGAUAAUUUUGAGAGGUAUUAUCUAAAAUUAAAUAUCGCUUAUCAGUUAAAUUCAAGUAACUUUUAAAGGAGAGUACGAAAAUGGCAAAAAAGUGGGAAGGUGGGAUACUUUUUAUAAGUAGGAGUAGAUGUAAAAUUGAUUUCUAUAUCUCGAAUUACAAUCUAGUGGUGGAGGAUAAUAUCAAAAAGUAGAAAAUGAUAAUUUGAGUGAUUCAAUAAAGGUUGGAAAGUGGAGAGAGCUAAUUGAUGGAUUUUAUGAGUAUUUAUAAAGAAUUAUAUAUAAUAGGUAUGGCUAGAUCACAUAUUUUGGUGAAUACGCUAUUGGUAAAAAAGUAGGUAUAUGGUAAUAAAUGUUUGGGAACAAUAUAAUGUAUCUAUAAAGUAUACUUUAUUAGGGAAGAAGAUGAUUAUUUAAAUUGA